GUAAACACAACCACAACGCUACUCACCCGGACAAAAGUGCGCGUUCGCCUCCGGUCGCCAUUCUCUCACUCCCAAAUGAUGACAAACAGCCGUUAUUCAAACACAACGAUUCCAGAAUAGUUGACUUCCGCCGUUCGCGACGCGCGACGCAUCCACCAUGUUUUCUGCUUCCAGCGCCAACACGCCUGUGGGCACCGUUCGUACCAGCAGACGACGGGCACGACCUGCUUCCAAUGAAGGUUCCGGCCCCAAGGCCAAGAGGCAGAGAAGCACAAUGACUGAACAUACAUUUGUGCCACCAGAUGGACCCGUUGAGAUGGAGGAAACCAAACCAAACCUCUUGAAAUUGUCGCCAACAUUAGCCAGGCACGAAAGCCCUCCCAUCGCCACCAUUCCCACCAGGGAUAUUGCAGUCCGGGGGAAGAAGCAAAGAUCUGGCGAGAGGCUGAUGAAAGAGGAUGGGAGUGUCAAUCUGGUAAGCUCCCUCGUGGGGUCGUGGAGCUGUUCGCAUCCUUGGGAAGCCAUGUACUAACUCACUUUUGCUUUCGUAGACCAAGAAUGAUACAUAUACCGUCAGCAAGCUCCCCGCUUUACCCGAUUUUCUUCGCAGAGAUGCCAUGAGUAUGUAGCAAGUGAUCCGCUAAAACUGAUGAAGCUAAUGCUUUUCCCCAGGUCGUCAACAUGGUGCAAUCUAUUCUGACAGCGGAUAUGCCCUCGCCCUCACCCAUACCCACGCGAUCGUCUGGCCUUAUACUGCGCACGAAGCCUCACCCGAAUCCUUUUCUUUCGCCCUUCCCGAAGCCUCUAAGCAUACAUUCGACCCGCUGCCCUUGGGAUCCCUGGUAUCUGCUUCAGCAUCCUCCGAGGAACCUGGGCUGGUGGUAAUUAUUCCUAAUACGGGAAAAAUCACAUAUUGGGAGUCAAUUGCAAGCGCGGCUACACUAAAUCUACGACUGCAGCGAAAUGGCGUCGAGGAAAAGAUUGCUGGGAUGAUGUCGGGGGAAAAGGUUGUACAAAUACUUAAUGCAGAAUCCGCUGGUUUUAUGCUUGCUUUCAGUACUGGCAGAAUUGCAUUUAUGACCGUCAGAGAUGGGAACGGAAAGCCUAAAAUUUCUGUGCAAUUUCUUCGAAGUGGGAAUGGUUCAGCAAAUACCGGAAUUUUUGGGAGUCUACGAAAUGUGCUAUCGAGCUCCUCCUGGCAUGGUGAAAUCUCAGCCAUACGAGCUGGCCCAUCUGACAGAAAUGGCGAGAGAAAUGUGGUACUGGCGACAAAGAAGGGCAAGAUCCAGUCCUGGGAUAUACAUAGGAGUGGGCAUACCUCGAUGAUUGCGGAAUCGGAUUCAAGAGAACCAAUUAUUUUGGCGAUUAAGCAGGCGAUACCGUCACUAAACCAUCUUCUUAUUGAAACAUUCGAACUUCUGGAUAUCGCGUAUAAGCCGGAAAAGACGGAAUCGAAUUCAAGCACGGCAGUUGUUCGACGAGGUAAAAAUGGAGGACAGCCACUUUUACUUUUGACUUCUUUGACUGACAGAAAUGUGUCCCACUACUCACUCGUCGAAGUUGUUCUAAGUCCCACUGAACUCAUAAUCGGUAGUAUCCGCCCAAUUAAGUCCUAUGCAACACCUGUCGACCGGAAUACAACUUCAAAAAGCCGACUCUAUCUACCAGAUCCUAAUCUCGCUUUUGUUGUCUUUAAUCUAGCUGUGGUGGUUGUUUCGCUAGCCAAACAAGAAGAAUCGCCCGACUCGCAACUGAUGGCUGAAAACCACCUUUACCCACACACCUUUGAAGAUGUUGUAGACUUCAGCGGUGAUCUCAAUAUUGAAAUCGUUGGAUCUGGAAUGGAAAAUCCCACCGCCCUCCAAUCCACAAGUGGAGACCACAAAACUCGUCGAUAUAAAAUCAAACAGCCAUCUACCGUCCUGCUUGUUCGCGGAGGUGGUGUAAUACGAGUAGCCGCAAAUGACGUUUCAAAAUUACGCUCAGCCGAAACGGCUCCUCAAGUUACCGCAAAAACCAAAUUAACUCAAGCAGUGUUUUAUGGAACGCUUAGUGAAAAUCCGAUCAAUUUUGCCGUGCGACCUGAGUCGGAAUUUCCAUCUCGGGAGGUAGCUGAGGCGGCUCUGGAAUUAAGCGCUGAUAUCCUGAAAUCCGAGAUAUCCAAAAUCCCGUCCUUGACAGCUUCGGUUGAGCAAAAUCUUCGCUUACGGUCAGCCGCUCUUCAUGAGCUUGCCUGCUAUCUACAGUCUAGCGGAGUUGAACUUGAUAGGGUUACGCGAUGGAGGUUACUUUGGGACGCCGAGAAAAUGGCAGCUGCUAUGAUUGUUUGGAAAAAGUAUGAUGAGUGUGUCAGUGAAAAACCAGCAGGACAAAAGCGGGGCCUAUUGACAGAAGUUGUCGAGUUUAUCCACGAGGACUACAAAUCGAAUCCAGUUACAGAAGCCGGGGAACUAGAUCGAGUUCGAUUUUGGUUCCUGAAAGAUAUUUGGAGGUUGGAUAUUGCGCUUCCGUGGGCAUAUCAAGUCAUGAAAUACACAUUCCAAGAUGGGGAGAAAGGACACGAUGUUGUGAUGGAAGUACUUAGCGAGGCCAAUGAUCUGGUCAUUGGUGCUCUUCAAGGGGCUUUUGAUUUCAGAACGGAAAAUGUUUCCUUGUAUGGGCUUGAGACUGAGCCACUCGAGCAUGGCAUAUUGACUUCUGACUACGAGGGUCUUCCUGAAUUUUGGACAUCAACGCAAUAUCUAGUCGAGAAUCUUAGGAAGCAGCCACGACUAGCAGCUGUCCUCCUAAAGGAGUAUUGGGACAAGGGCGAUCAACGGGAGGGCCAGCCUAGUGCUGCCGUACUAAGCAAAGUCCGAAAUGAGCAGCAUACAUUGAUCGAUAUGGCUAUUCGAUCGAAUUACGAGCGUAUUAGGUGGGCUUCAGUACAACAGGAUCAGCAAAUUAAAAUUCAGGUCGACCUGCUUCAAGUGGCACAAAGCGAACUGGAGGAGGAAAUCAAGGAGCUCUCAAACGCACUCGAGUUACCCGAUGAGGCAAUGCACUUGGCCGAACAACAUCAAAUGCUACCGACUCUAGCGUCAGUACUAUUUUACGAACUCAAGGAAGGCGUAUCAAACUUGGACGAUCCAAAUUUUGAUCCGGAGCUUCGUCCGAAUGUUCAGCGCCGAAAUAACAUGUUGCAGAAUACAGUCAGCCAUUGUUUCGAGAGAUUCGGUAUGAGAUGGGCAAGCGCAUACUAUGAACUGGUUAUUCAGACCAAUUCCAUGAAAGAUCUCCUGGAUGGAUUUCCAGAAAAGUCACCGUAUCUGACCCAAUUCUUGAGAGAGAAACCAGAGUAUGCCAAAAUUGGAUGGAUACAGGAAGUCACUCGAGAGAAGGACUUUGACAAAGCAUCACAGACUCUCUUAAAUCUAGGGCGCUAUCGGGAGCAAGACGCUUGGAGCAAGAAGAUCGAAUUGAGUAUCGGAAAGCUGGCUCGUCUUUCUUGCAAAAGUUACAGCGAGGAUCAUGGUAUCAUCAUUCCAGAUGGCGGGAAGAUGGAACUCCGCUCAACGCAUGAUCAACUUGCUCUCAUCAAGAUACAGGAAAUUAUCUAUGACCACGUUCACAUGACUAUAUCUAAUGCAAUCGACCAAAUCGGAGAGGUUCAAUUGGCAAUGGAGACGUACGGAAACCAGAAGCAAUUGAACAACUCGUCGCACUUCUACACGCUUUUGUCGGAGAACAUGAAUACGCUUGUGGAACACCGAGCUAUGACUGGCCUGGAACUUGUCGAUCUAUUGUCACUUAUGGGCGACAAUGGUCCGGAAGACACACUACGACAUCAGCAAUUCUUUCUCGCUUUGAAGGCAGUUCGACAUGGUGUACCUGAUAAAGGCGACAGCAUUUUGAUGCAGCGGGUGGUGUGGCGAAGAUGUAUGCUGAGAGAUGAUUGGGCAGCUCUUAACGACACGGAGGGAAUGAACGAUGCAGAAGCCGCUGAACGACUCGAAAGAACGGCCCUGUAUCUGACAUUCAGAGCAUGUCUUAAGGAUGGUAAGUUUUGUCCCCUCCAACCAUUCUGGUUACGUCAGCUAACAGCACCAGAUCUCCUCAGUAAGGAUUCCGUCAUCAAACCAAUUAACCCUGAAGCUAUCCUCGGUGCAGCAACGGACGAACUAGAUCACCGCUUCGAUCGUCUUGAUUCAGGUGUCCGAGAUACAUUCUUCCGAGACUAUCAACAGGAAGAUGCGGCGUUCGAGUAUCAUAUCACGCAUCAUCGUCUAGAGAAGUGGCAUCAGGUUAUUUUCGACCAGGCUCAGCGUGAUUACAAAGACGAGUUGGCGAAUGAGACUAGUCACGGGGUUGCGCACAUGCGCGCAUUGCUCCAGGCGGCUGAGAAGCGAAUUUCGGAUAAGGAGGCAGCGGAGGCGGAGAAGGCGGUGAGCUCGAGGAGGGUGUUGAAGGGAGCUGUUAAUGGGCAUGGAAUUGCAAAUGGGAAUGGGAAUGGGGUACUUGGGCAUGGAAGGAGUUUUCGGAGUUCGGUGAAACAGUAUUGAGUUUGUGUUUGAUGAGAUGAGAGACUCUUUUUUUUGCCAGCGGGCAUCUUUUUUGCUAUUUUCUGUUUGUGUUUGCUUUGAGCGGAAUGGAAUAAAGCGGGCAGUAGGGUGGAUGGGGG